AUGUGCGACGACGACGAGACUACCGCUUUGGUGUGCGACAACGGCUCCGGUCUUGUGAAGGCUGGCUUCGCCGGUGAUGACGCUCCCAGGGCUGUCUUCCCCUCCAUCGUCGGACGCCCCCGUCACCAGGGUGUGAUGGUGGGUAUGGGUCAGAAGGACUCCUACGUAGGUGACGAGGCUCAGAGCAAGAGGGGUAUCCUCACCCUGAAGUACCCCAUCGAGCACGGCAUCAUCACCAACUGGGACGAUAUGGAGAAGAUCUGGCACCACACCUUCUACAACGAGCUGCGCGUGGCCCCCGAGGAGCACCCCACCCUGCUCACCGAGGCCCCCCUGAACCCCAAGGCCAACAGAGAGAAGAUGACCCAGAUCAUGUUCGAGACCUUCAACGUUCCUGCCAUGUACGUCGCCAUCCAGGCUGUGCUUUCCCUGUACGCUUCUGGCCGUACCACCGGUAUUGUGCUGGAUUCUGGUGAUGGUGUCACCCACAACGUGCCCAUCUAUGAGGGUUACGCCCUUCCCCACGCCAUCAUGCGCCUGGAUCUCGCCGGUCGCGAUCUGACCGACUACCUGAUGAAGAUCCUGACCGAGCGUGGCUACUCUUUCGUCACAACCGCUGAGCGUGAGAUUGUCCGUGACAUCAAGGAGAAGCUUUGCUACGUGGCUCUGGACUUUGAGAAUGAGAUGGCCACCGCUGCCUCAUCCUCCUCCCUGGAGAAGAGCUACGAGUUGCCCGACGGUCAGGUCAUCACCAUCGGCAACGAGCGUUUCCGCUGCCCCGAGACCCUCUUCCAGCCCUCUUUCAUUGGUAUGGAGUCUGCUGGUGUCCAUGAGACCGCUUACAACAGCAUCAUGAAGUGCGACAUUGACAUCCGUAAGGACCUGUACGCCAACAAUGUGCUGUCUGGUGGUACCACCAUGUACCCUGGUAUCGCUGACCGCAUGCAGAAGGAGAUCACUGCUCUGGCUCCCAGCACAAUGAAGAUCAAGAUCAUCGCUCCCCCCGAGCGUAAGUACUCCGUCUGGAUCGGCGGCUCCAUCCUGGCUUCUCUGUCCACCUUCCAGCAGAUGUGGAUCACCAAGCAGGAGUACGACGAGGCCGGCCCAUCCAUCGUCCACCGCAAGUGCUUCUAAACGCAACG